AUGCAGGAUGCUACUCUUACCUAUGACACUCUCAGGUUUGAAUACGAAGACUUUCCUGAGACCAAAGAACCCGUUUGGAUCCUUGGCCGGAAAUACAGUGUUUUUACAGAGAAAGAAGAGAUCCUGUUGGAUGUGACCUCUCGGCUUUGGUUCACCUACAGGAAGAACUUCCCUGCCAUUGGAGGAACUGGUCCCACAUCUGACACUGGCUGGGGCUGCAUGUUACGGUGUGGCCAGAUGAUCUUUGCUCAGGCCUUGGUCUGCAGGCAUUUGGGAAGAGACUGGAGGUGGAUCAAAGGGAAGAAGCAGAUGGAUAAUUACUUCAAUGUUCUUAAUGCCUUCAUUGACAAAAAAGACAGCUACUACUCCAUUCACCAGAUAGCCCAGAUGGGAGUUGGAGAGGGAAAAUCCAUAGGUCAGUGGUAUGGACCAAACACAGUUGCUCAAGUGCUCAAAAAACUUGCAACUUUUGAUACCUGGAGUUCCCUGGCAGUACAUAUAGCCAUGGACAACACAGUAGUGAUGGAAGAAAUCAGGCGGCUGUGCCGGUCCCACUCGCCCUGUGCUGGAGCUGCAGCGUGUCCUGCUGUGGAGUCAGACCUGCUCUGUAAUGGGUUCCCAGGGGAAGCAGAGCUUAGGGAUAGGCUCUCCCAGUGGAAACCCCUGGUGCUGCUGAUACCUCUUCGCCUGGGGCUCACAGAGAUCAAUGAAGCCUAUAUUGAAACACUAAAGCACUGCUUCAUGAUGCCCCAGUCCCUGGGAGUGAUUGGAGGGAAACCAAACAGUGCUCACUACUUCAUUGGCUACGUAGGUGAGGAGCUCAUCUACCUGGAUCCCCACACCACCCAGCCUGCAGUGGAGCCCACCGACAGCAGCUGCCUGCCUGAUGAAAGCUUCCACUGCCAGCACCCCCCCUGCAGGAUGAGCAUCGCUGAGCUCGACCCCUCCAUCGCCGUGGGCUUUUUCUGCAACACAGAGGAAGACUUUAAUGAUUGGUGCCAGCAAAUCAAAAAGCUGUCCCUGGUCAGGGGAGCUCUGCCCAUGUUUGAACUGGUUGAGCGCCAGCCCUCCCACUUCUCCAGCCCUGAUGUCCUGAAUCUCACACCAGACUCCUCCGACGCCGACAGAUUGGAAAGGUUUUUCGACUCUGAAGAUGAAGACUUUGAAAUCCUAUCCCUUUGAAAACAAAUAGGAAACUGACUCUGCAAAUCUGUGUUUCAUGUGGGGAGAAGGGGGGGGAGGGAAGCUCCUUUGAGAGCCUGGGGCUGCUGGGUUUCAUAGGCACUUGCUGCCAUCCCCACCUCUUGUCCAUCCUGGCCUUCUGCGCAGCCUCCGAGCGGAGCGCGCGCCUUGUCUGCGUUGGGAUGAAGAACCAAGGGGGUGUUGUAGCCUUACUGGCUGGAGUUGGAAUUUCUUAGCAGAAAACAGUUGCUGGAAGUGGAUGCAGUGGUGCUUAGGAGUUCAAAGCCUAUCUGGGACAUCAGCAGGUCAGUUGGCCUUCUGGGGGAGGCGUGGAAAUGGCUAAGUGCUAAAUCCUUUCCCAGGGACUCCCCUCUGAAGCUUCAGAACCACCCCUCAUGUAGCAGGUAGAAUGUAGAGUUAAUUCCUUUAGCAGCUUCUCACUGGACAACUUGGACUGCAGCUCAGGAUGCAAAUGAACAGCAGGCAUGUCCCACCAAGGCAGCUGUGAAGCCCCUGGAGUCCAGACUUCCUACAGUACAACUCCUGUUGGUGCUUUGCAGUGCACAGCAAUUCCUCGCAGGUGUAGUGCCCUUCUCCUGCUCAC